UUCGAAGGCGACAGAGGCCAAGAGUGACUCGGGCUAUGGUUUUCGAAAAUUUUUGACAUUAAAAACCGCAACGUCAAACCGUUAAUAAUGGCAGACAAUCUGCAGAGUAGAUUCGAGAAAUCCCUGGGCUUGCUCACCACACGUUUCGUUAAUUUAUUGCAAAAGGCCAAGGACGGAGUAUUGGACUUGAAAGUCGCUGCUGAUAUCCUUGAGGUACGACAGAAACGACGAAUUUAUGAUAUCACCAAUGUUCUUGAGGGUAUUGGACUCAUUGAAAAGAAGAGCAAGAAUUCAAUACAGUGGAAAGGUGCAGGCCCUGGCUGCAACUCAGACGAGACUGGGGAAAAACUUGGGGAUCUCAAGGACGAGCUGCGAGAGCUGGAGGAGCACGAGGCAACUCUAGAUAUUCACAUGCAGUGGAUCCAGCAGAGUAUAAAAAAUAUCGAGAAUGAUUUCAAGAAUAGAAAAUUCGCGUACAUUACGUAUGAGGAUGUUAAGGAGCAGUUCCCUGAUGAGUUCGUCCUGGCCAUCCAAGCACCACCUGACACCAUCCUCAAGGUGCCUAAUCUCCCAAAGUGCAUUCAGAGUGAUAAACAGAACUUCGAGAUGUUUCUCAAGAGCACGGGGGGUGAGAUCAAGGUCUAUAUGGUCCAACCGAGUCUUGCUGAGACUUAUGAGAACAGGAUGAUGGAAGUCAUGCAGCAGGAGUCCAGGGGAAUCAAGAGGGAAAAGAUUGACGGAGAAAAGAGGGAGGAGAGCAAGCCAAAGAGGAGAAUCUCCAGAUCGUCUAGGGGUAGCACAAAAGUUGAGAUCUCUGACGACGAGGAUCAGGAGGACGGGGAUUUAUUGGAAGCAAAAAUAAUUCUCAGUGAUGUCAACACCUCAAAUCUUAUCGGAACUGAGGACCAUUUGCUGGAGGAAUUCUAUGCAGACUUUUGUGGACCAUUAGUAAGUUUAAGUCCUCCUCCAACGGACAAGGACUACCACUUCAACCUCUCGGAGAACGAGGGAAUCUUCGACCUCUUCGAUAUUGCGGCAUAGUAAUUACUCCAACAUCUCCAACAGAUAACCACUACUAAAUUGUGAGCAUGACGAAGAGUGGAUCACGUGUGGAUGUGUAUUUUUUUUUCAACUAGGAAUUUUUGAGUUUUUUCUUUCGAUUUUUUAGAACAAUUAUGUCAACUGAGUAUCUCCAAUGGUUUAUCAAACCAACUAAUAAUGAUGUUGGUAAUUUUUUAUCAUUUACCUGAGGGUCUUGUCGAGGUCAAUGGACAGUUGAUAUUUUUUGUUUGUUUUGAGAAGGAAGAAACAAUCAACAAUUGUAAGGAUCAAUCUCAUGUGCGGCUGAGAGUUAUUGUACCUAUAUUGUAUUUUAUCUGUUAUUCAAUAUAAGAAUUAAACAAUUGACGAUUU